AUAAACUUUUAAAUUUUAAGUUACCGAACAAUGGCCAGAGGCGAAAUAGAAGAAAAUAAAGCCAUUAAAAAGGUAUACAAAACUAUAGUAAGAAUAAUAAAACUCAUUUAACAACAAUAUUUAUGUGACCAUAAAAUCACUCAUAAAAGUCACUACAUUGGGAAUCACUGACAUUUUCGCAAAUGGCAUCUCUUUUAACAGCUGGUCAACAACAAACUGCGUCCUAAGCUCGUAGGAAAUUUAUUUUAAGUUUAAUAAGAUAUUAUUGUGCAUGCUUAUUAAAACAAAUAUUUAUUAAUGAGAUGGGUGUUACGGGCCUGUGGAAGCUGAUUGAGCCGUGUGGGAAACCAGUGCCUGUGGAGACAUUGGAGGGUAAAAUCUUGGCAGUGGAUAUAUCUAUAUGGUUGCACCAGGUUGUAAAGGGCUUUCAGGACAACAAGGGAUCGGCAUUGAGUAAUGCCCAUUUACUAGGUUUGUUCCAUCGGCUCUGUAAGUUACUAUAUUAUCGUGUGCGGCCGGUUUUUAUUUUCGAUGGGUGCGUGCCACAACUUAAAAGGGAUACCAUUGCCCGUCGUCAGCAGCAAAGGAAUAAGCUCAGCAACGAAGCCGAUCGUAUUCAGGACCUGCUUCUGAAAUCCCUGGCAAAGGAAAAAGUUGUUCAGCAGGCACUGGGAAAAAAUGCAGAGUUACUGCUAAAGUCUCCGGCUAAGCGACCGCCACCAGCCAAGAAGAACGACGAGGAUGACUUGUUUAAGCUGCCGGAACUCCCGGCAGCAUCUGUGGAACAGGACAAUCCCAGCGAAAGCGACAGGGAUACCUCGGAUAGCUCCUUUGAUGAAUCAACCGCUCGACAUUCUUACAACUCUAGUUUGCAGGCCAUUGAUGUCAAAAGUCAGCACUUUCGCAAUCUACCCGCCGACGUGCGACAUGAGAUAUUAACAGACAUAAAGGAGACGCGGAAGCAGUCUUCUUGGGGACGGCUGCAUGAGUUGCCCGCCAAGAGUGAUGACUUCUGUUCUUUUCAAAUGAAGCGUCUUCUAAAACGUCGCGCCGUUCAGGAGAGCUUGGAACAGGCAGAACAGGAGAUGGGUGGACAUACACUAACAUAUUCGGAGUUGUGCAACUUCUUUAGCGAGGAGGGUAUCGUAACGCCAACGGCCAUAGAAGAGAGCACUCGACAGAUCAGCUCGGAUGAACACACACGAUUCCUGCUGGUCAGGGAUCUGAAGAAAAAGGCCUUGGAGAGCACCAAGCAGGAGGUAAAAAUGGAGAUGAUUAAGGAGGAGCCUGCAGAAGAAGAUGAAAAGCCAAGUACAUCCACUAAGAAAGAGUCAAGUAAUAGUACUGAACUAGGUACGGAGUUCGAUGAGGAUUUAGCAAAAGCAUUGUCCAUGUCAAUGGAGGAGACCAAAGUGUACGAUGAGAAGGACUAUGAAUACGAUUCGGACCAAGAGUUACGCCUGAACCGGGCUCAGAGCAAGCAAUUGCGGCAUGCCGCCAAGGGACCAGCAAGGACAUAUAUGAUUGAAUACGGCGGUAUGAACGUCGAGGAGGUUGGCAACAUCAUGGAGACCACUCAGCUUAAUGAUACCCAAAGUCUAGAGAAGAUGUUCGAAACCACCAUAUUUAAAACUGAUAUGGCAAACAAUUCGAUAGAGGAAGCCAAACUAAUUUCACAAGCUAUUGAGGAAAGCAAACAAAUUUCCCAAGCGAUUGAGGAAAGCAAAAACAAUAUAAAUGAAGAUAAAGUUGAAAUUAUAGAUACAGAUACUGACUCAGACUUGGAGGAUGUUAUGGAAGCUCCAGAGCCUGGUAAAGCUAAGGAGGGUCUUGAAAUAUGUGUUGAUAUCACUAAAAACUUAAAAGAUUCUAAUGAUUUGUUCGCGGAUAUAUUUGAGGAAGAGGAUGCCAAGGAUAUGGGAAAAAGUGAAAGUGACGACGAUGAUGAUUUUAUAGAGGUUCAAGACAGUGAGGAAAUCAUGUUAGAGUCUAAGGAGGAUGUUACAUCAAAAACAACUGUAGAUAAUCAAGUAACUAAUCAAAUAAGAGAAAGUGAUGAUAUUAUCGAAUUGAAAGACAGCCAGGAACUUACUCCCACUGAAGUUAAACCUAAACCUGAUCUUGAUUCCAUAUUAAACGAUCUUAAAAGGGAAACCGCUGCAGUUAAAAAUAUUCAUUUAAACUUAACAGAGGAAACAAAACCAAAGGUUGAACUCAGCUCUAUAUUAGACGAUCUGAAAAUGAAGAUGGCCGAAGUUAAGAACAUCAGUCUGGAUCAAAUUAAGCUUAACAAUUCUGCAGCCAUCGUAUUAUCCUCAGACGAUGAAUGGACAUCGAAAGCGAUGAAGGCAGCUCCAAAGGAAGAAGUAAUUGAGUUGUGCGACAGCGACGACAAUAAAAAGAAUCGAAUAUCGCCAAAUAAAACGCCCAGCAAAAACAAAUCUAUUAAGGACUUUUUUGAGACCAGUUACGUGGUAAAACGAACGCCUGAUAAAUCUCCAUCGACGAAUGAAACACCUCCUGGAACGCCAAAGACCCCUAAGCCUUUUUAUAGAAAAAGAACACCAAGGUCUGGACGUAAAAGGGCUAAUGAUAGGGAGGACAAUAGUGAUGAGGAAGUUUCUCCCACGAAAAAAUCCAGUAAGGCUUCGAAAUCACUCUUCGAAGAAAAGCAGACGGAAUAUGAAAAAACUGUAGAUCCUGAGGAGUUAAUAAGAGAUGCGGCCGAAUCCUUGAAAUCGCAGAAGACCUCCGAAGAAUUGCAGGAGAUGGCCACCAACUUGGCUCAGGAACGCAAGGAACUAGAGAUCGAGCGUAACCGACAGGACCGCAUGGGCAUGUCCAUCAGCCAGCGCAUGAGCAUCGAUUGCCAGGAGCUAUUACGCCUUUUCGGCAUCCCGUACAUUGUGGCUCCGAUGGAGGCGGAGGCGCAAUGCGCCUUUCUCAAUGCCACCGAUCUUACCCACGGAACCAUAACGGAUGACAGUGAUAUCUGGCUGUUUGGUGGUCGAACCGUCUACAAGAACUUCUUUGCCCAAAAUAAGCACGUGAUGGAGUUUCGUGCAGAACAGAUUGAGCAAACUUUCAACUGCAACAGGGGCAAACUGAUUCAGUUGGCAUGUUUGGUGGGCAGUGAUUACACCACGGGUAUUCAUGGUAUUGGCGCUGUGACAGCCUUAGAGAUUUUGGCAUCGUUUUCUGGACAGGAUGCGAAUGCCCAGGGUGUCUGCAACCAAUCAGUGCUGCAAACAUUAACGAAGUUUCGGGAUUGGUGGCUGGCGCACAAAAGCAGUAAUCUUCCUCCUGGAAGCUCGGCACGCCUUUCUCUUCGCAAGAAGUUAAAGAACAUCGAACUGCAUGAGGGAUUCCCCAACGGGGCAGUAGUAGAGGCCUAUUUAACGCCCACGAUCGACGACAAUCGAGAUGCAUUCAGCUGGGGCACCCCUGAUGUGGAAUCAAUAAGGGAAUUCGCGCGAAAGUCUUUUGGCUGGACUAAUUCGAAAACAGAUGAUAUUCUUAUGCCCGUUAUGAAGAAAAUCAAUGAAAAGAAAAUUCAGGGUUCCAUUCGUAACUACUUUACGACCAAGAGUGCUUUGCGAGUUCAGCAACCGCAGGUCAGCAAACGUGUCCAACUGGCUAUUGAUAAGAUGACGGGGAAGAUUAACGAAACGCCAGAGAAGCCAAGGAAGGUGACUCGCGGAAGACGCGCGAAGGUAGCUCCGGCAGCAGAUGAUGAUGUAGCCAAUGUGGAUAAUGUGGACACGGCAAAGACUUCUCGCCCCAAGCGUGGGAAACGAAAGGCUGCUACUGAAACAGCAGAAGCGGAUUCGGAACAACCUUCAACAUCACAGUCGGCACCAAAACCAGAAAAAUGUCCACGAAUUCCCAACACCGUAGAAAUUAUUCCUCAGAGGGAAAAAGACCUGGAACAGAUGCACCUGAACAAGGCCAAAGCAGCAGAGAUUUUAAAGAAAUCAGCUAAAGCGAAGAAAAAAUAAGCUUAAUAUUCUUAAUAAAUCAAUUAAAUGGA